AUGAUUGUGAAGAAACCACUCUACAAAGUGCCCAAGCGACUCCAAGGCAUGAUGUUAAGGCUAAUCCAGUAUGACAUAGAAGUAAAAUACCAGAAAGGAGAAGAAAUGUACAUUGCAGAUGCAUUGUCUCGUGCCUACUUGCCUUGUGCUGGACAGGACAAGGAGCUAUUGGUCAAGGUAGAUGCUGUUAGUCACAUGAGAAUCAGAGAAGAAAGCCUUAAGCAGUUAAAGAAAGCGACUGAAGAAGAUGAGACAUUGCAAGCUCUCAAAGCUGUCAUUCUUAAAGGCUGGCCUGAAACUAAGCAGGAACUCUCAACCCUUGUUACUCCAUUCUUCUCCUAUAGAGAUGAACUACUCCUACAUGAUGGUCUGUUGUUCAAAGGAGAAAGAGUCAUUGUUCCAGAGAGAGAAAGAAAGUCCAUCAAGGAACAAUUACAUGUUUCGCAUUUAGGAGGUGAUAGUAUGCUAAGACGUGUUCGAGAAUGCGUGUUUUGGCCUGGAAUGUCUGCAGAAGUCAAGCAGUUGGCCAGCGACUGUGAUGCUUGUCAGAGUUAUGCCAGGGCACAGCAGAAAGAAACACUGAUGCCCGUUGAAGCUAAAUUACCAUGGGAGAUUGUAGGUGCUGACUUGUUUACACUUGACAACAAGGAUUACCUGGUGACGACUGAUUAUUUCAGUGGAUUUUGGGAAAUUGACCGAAUGAAGAGUACCUCAUCUGUUGCAGUAAUCAAGAAGCUCAAGCAGCAUUUCUCAAGGUAUGGAGCCCCGUGUAAACUGAUUAGCGAUAAUGGACCCCAAUUUGCUUCACAAGAGUUUCACAACUUUGCUGUAACAUGA